AUGGCGAGAGACGCGAAUGGAGAAACUGUCCUCCACUUGGCUGCUACGUCGCCAAGCUGGUGUCCUAAUAUGAUGAGUCGGCUUGUCGAAAACGGAGCUGAUGUGAACUAUGCUGGCGGCAAGCAGGGAGAAACUCCAAUCUUCCAUGCUAUAGGCCAAUCCUAUAGCCAAAAAAGGAUAGAAGCUGAUAUUCACUUCCGAAACAUUAAUGGGUUGACACCUCUUUCCCUUGCUGCGCAAAUGGGGUCUAUGGAAUUAACAAAACUGUUACUUGAACGUGGAGUUUCUGCCAAUUCGAGAGACCUGCACGGCAAAUGCCCCCUUCACUAUGCUGCGGAAGCAAAUUUCGAGGAAAUUCACAAGGUCGUCGCUCUUCUCAUUCACAACGGAGCUAAUAUGAACUCUCGGGAUAACUUCGGAUACACACCAUUGCAUAGCAUUGUCGCUAAGUCAGGGGCGUGGGAAGCAGCUGCAGAGUUGUUAAAGGCCGGAGCUGACCGAUACGCCAUGUCUAAUGAUGGCAAGUUCCCUCAUGAUAUGGUUCCUGAUGGCCUAUGGGCGGAAACAAAACGUUCCUUGAUCCGGUUUUACAUGCCGUGA